CAUUGCAUUUUUCCAGAUUUUCAACCAUGUUGCAGGUGCUUUGCCGAAGAAUCGGUUGGAUGCCAUCCAGUUUUAGAGUCGCUGUCGGUCAGCCCAGCCUCCGGAGAUUUCGCCUGGCCAAUCCUCACCAAGACAGUGACGGAGGACGCCCACCCAUUCAUAUUGAAAACCCGCAAAGUGAGCCCACCAUCCCCAUGUACCAAGAUUCGCCCAAUGAGCCCAUCGCGGAAAAACGAGCUCGACUUGUGUACCAAUCCCGCAAGCGGGGCAUUCUCGAAAACGGUUUGCUCUUGGCCAGUUUUGCCGAUAAGCACCUGGCCCAGUUUGAUGCCGAGCAGCUAGCUUUGUACGAUCGCCUCAUCAAUCUACCCUCCAAUGAUUGGGAGAUCUUCUAUUGGGCCACCCAAGUCAAGCCCGUGCCCGAAGAGUUCGAUAACGAGAUCAUGAGUCUCCUCAUCGACCAUGCCAAGAAUGAGCAUCGUGAGAGCCGAAUUAGCCAACCCAACCUGAAGUAAAUCUGUCGUGUGGCAAGAAUAGAAAUAGAAAGACUGUUAGUUGUUCAA